AUGACAGAAAGUUGUGGGCAGGAACAGACGAAAUGGGUCACAACAGUCAUCAUGAGUUCAACUCUGCAGAAUCAUGACAUUUCUACGCUUCUACAGAGGCAACAACACCGAGUUCGAUAUUCGGAAUCAGUGGAAACUGGAGCCGUGAUUUUUCCUCUUUCUGGUGUUGCAUUUAUACUGUCAGACACUCAAGACUUGCUUACAAGAGGGGAUGAGGAGUUUUCUGAGAGAAUUCAGAAGUUCAUAAACAUUCACCGGAACAGUUUCUUGGUUCUGUCAGCUGCUCUUCAUGGACCAGAGGAAUGGAGUGUCAUGUUCAGGAUUCAGAGAAGAUUCCUGGGCAGUAACUUACGUGUAAUACCAGUUCAUAACCCUGCAGAAACUGUUAAAUUAAUGCUAACUAUGGCUAAGGUAACUUCCAAGCCCCAAGCAGAUGAUACUCGUUACAAAAUGGCAAUGACAAAAGCCCAAAUCAUAGAAAGAAGUCCUGUUUGGAAGAUGCUUCAGGAGUACCAACUGCACUGUAAAUAA